AUGUCACAAUCCCUAUUUUCCCCUUUGAUUGGCAGCAAUUGCCUUAACUCACUGUUGCCGAAUCAUCGGCCACCGCCUACAUUUCCGGUCAGGCAACUCCCCCUUCCAAAUUUACAGUUAUCAGCCAAUAAAUCGAGGAGUUUUGAAACUAAUGCAUUUGAUCUCAAUGGUACACAAAGAAUGGGUGAUCAGCUCUAUUUCCAUGAAGUUGAACUCAAAGUCAGGGACUAUGAAUUGGAUCAGUUUGGUGUUGUAAACAAUGCUACUUAUGCAAGUUAUUGUCAACAUUGCUGUCAUGAAUUCUUCGAAAGAAUUGGCGUAAGUGUUGAUGAAGUGGCUCGCAAUGGUGAUGCAUUAGCAACAACAGAGCUUUCACUUAAGUAUCUAGCACCUCUAAGGGGUGGAGAUAGAUUCGUCGUGAAGGUGAGAGUAUCCGGCUCUACAGCAGCUCGAUUAUUUUUCGAGCAUUUCAUCUUCAAGCUUCCAGAUCAAGAGCCUAUCUUGGAGGCAAGAAGAACAUCAGUGUGGCUUGAUAAAAGUUACCGUCCUGUCCGAAUUCCGUCAGAGUUCAGAUCAAAAUUUGAUCAGUUCAUUCACCAGAAGGGAUCUAACUAA